AUGAAGCGGAUCGAGUUCGCGAUCGACGGCCGGGCCGCGGAGGAGGAGGAGGCCCAGCGCAUGUCGAUGCGCGAGUGGUUCGCGGGCGCGGGCGACGACGUCCUGACCUACGACCAGGUCAUGGCGCGCCUGCCGCCGCCGCUGCCGCGCGACGACGCCGCGGCGCGGGCCUACGCGCCGCGGCCGACGCUGGCGCGCCGCCGCGCGUCUGGGCCGGCGCCGGCGCCGAGGCGUGCUCGCCGUGCCGCGCGCCGCACGCUGAAGCCGUGGACCUCGGGUCGCCGGCGAGCCCCCGCGUCGAGGACGUGCCCGCGCGCCGCGAGGUCGACAUGGCUCGCAUGCCCGAGCCCGACGUCGAGACCCUCGAGGCGUCCAUGCGUGCGCUGCAAGCCGAGAUCGAGCGGCGCGAGCGGCGGCGCGGCAAACGUCCUCCGCCGCGGCCCGGGGCCCGGCGCAUCUUCGGCGACGUGAAGAAUCGCGUGGCGUAAUAUGGCUGUUCUGUGGAUUCUUCUCGCCGCGGUUUCUUCGGUCGCCGAUCGCAGCGGUCGGUCGUGCAGAAUCUUGCGUGGAGGUCCGGGUACCGCGACGCGUAGCAGGCGGGCGACUCGUCGUGCGUGAAGCGUGAAGGCGCCCGCGGAAGCGACCGCGAGGAGGCUAGCGCGCGCCAUCCUAGGCUCGGAGCCUGGCGACCUGUCUUGUCUUGCUUGUCGGCGGGGUCUGGAAGAGAGCACCGCCCCCGCGUCGCCGCUCGCGCGAAACGUGCGACAUUACGCGCUAGCGGCUGUAAGACACUAGCAAAUGGGCUGGAGCCGAGGGCUGUGCUGCGCAGGCGGGCGGGCGGGCACGCACGAGAUUCGCUUUGACUGAUUUUCGACGCAGGAGCUGCACCACUCUUUGGUCCGGUAAGAACCCGCACUAGUUAAGACGUCUGGCGUGUAGCACAAGCAUCGGAGCAGUGCAGCCUGUGUGCAGAGCUUGCCGCGGGCGGCCCGAGAGACGCAACGCAAGCACCCAUGGACGCGGCCCCAACACAAGCAAUGGUGGAGCCAAAGAAACUGAAGGUCGUCGAGCUGCGCGCCGAACUGAGAAGGCGGGGCCUGGCCGCGACGGCCUCAAGGCCGUGCUCGUCGACCGCCUCCAGGCGGCGCUGGACGAGGAGGAGUUCGGCCUCGGGGCACCGUCGCCCGCGCCUGAGCCCGCAGCCGAGCCGGCGGCCGCCGCGCCGCCGCCGCCGCCCGAGCCGGCCUCGAACGAGGAGCCCGCGCCGCCGGUUUCUGCACAGGUCCAAGCCGCACGGGCCCUUCGCGCCCGGCGGGCCGCCGCGGCCGGGCCCGAGCCAGUCGAGGCCGCGGGCGCGCCGAGCGAGCGCGACCUGAUGGCGGCGAUGGGCCUGCCGACAGCAUUGGGUGGUCCCGCGGCCGCGCCGACGCCCGCCGCGGCGCCGGCGGAUGAGCCAGGGACGCAGAAGACGUGCAAGCACUGCGGCCAGGCACGGUCGCAGAGCAUGUUCGUCGAGAAGCAAUGGAAGAAGCCCCGGCCGACGUGCGUCGACUGCGCCGCGAAGCUGUCGGCGCAGAACGAGCCGACUCGGACGAAGCCGCCUCCGUCCGACGGCGGGGUCAGCGUGCGGCAGCAGCAGAGUACUACUUCUCGCCGAGGAAUUGGGGCCAGGACGCGUUUCUCAAGAGCCUGGCGGACGAGGACGGCGCGGUCGCGCUGGAGGCCUUCUUCACGUUCCCGCGCAUCGCGGCGCUGCUCUGUGUGGAAAUCAAAACUGCACGGCGUAUUCGUGCCGAUGCCGGUCGGGUUAUCGCCGAAAAUUAUUUCUAUAUGCGCGCCCCCGACGACGGUCGACGCGGCGAAGACGGCGGACGACGACCGGCGCGUGCUCGCGGCGGCGGUCCGCAAGUCAAGCCAGCUGGACCUGACGGCCGACGGGCUGCGCGUGAAGGCGCGGCGGAAGCGCGAGCGCGCCGAGAAACCCCCCGCCAUCGCGGGCCUGGAGCUGUCCGAGGAGGAGCUCGCGCGGCGCGCAAAGCGGGCGGGCCGGUUCGCCGCCGACGCGGCGCGGCCGCCACCGCCGCCGCCGAAGCGGACGUUCGCCCACCCCGGCGGCAAGAUCACGUCGAACAAGGAGGAGGCGACGAUGAAUUUCCUGAAGAGAAAGGUGGAGGCUGAGCAGGAGCCGCCGGCGCAGCGGCCAGCGAUCUAUGACGAAGAACCUGAGUAAUAUGCCAAUUCCCGCAGUUUCACUAGACGCGUUGAUGGCGUGAUAGAGACCUCAUCGACGAGUCGGGGGUCAGUCGGAGAGGUCUGUUUUCAAAAGCCAUCCAUCCGCCUAGGCCUCUAUACAUGUAUACUAUAUGUAUGUACAUACACAUAGAUAUAUAUAUAUAUAUAUACGAAUCCUAGUAUGUUGAUACGCUAGAUCACUAGGUCUUGCGGCUCGCCAAAAUACACCAGCGAUUGACGGUGCCUUCUACCGUCCAAAUGGUACAUCAUAUCAACUCCAGCCCAGUUUUCACACAAAAUCGACGGAACCGGAGCCGACGGCCCGCGCUCGGAGGGCGGGAGAAGAAUUCUACUAGACAACUCUCGCGUUUAUGUUCGUUUCCUUCCGUUUGUUAGUGGUAGAUUCCAUCCAGCCCGCCUCGGCGACCACUGAGCUAUUUUAGAUAUUCCGUUAGAGCCUCGCGAUUCGUCGUCUUGGCGACCACGCGUUUGUGCAAAAAUGGGCUUAAUACCUAGACCCGCGAGUAUCAGCGACGACACCAUCCAGAUGGACCAUAACACCGUUGUUCUAUUCACGAUCGACCGACUUGCCCGUUCUCCGCGGACGACGGUGCGUACGCGGGGCACUGAAUUGGCCCCAGACCCGUGAGUUAUGAAAUAAACUCGCGUUUCAGGCGCUUUAGUAGUGGGACGGGCCAGGUAACCGGCCUGAUCGUCUACUACAUUGGAUUACCUGUCCCGUUUACAACUCGCGCCUUGUCGGUCUCGCGAGCCCACCAUCUGGCUUAGAUGGGCACCACACCUGGAUCUGCGGCCAUCAGCCCGUGUACCUUCCCCAUGGACCAUGACGCGAUCAUUUGUUUCAUGAUCGACGGACUUACGCGAGGUCCAGAUAAAGAUGUUCACGUCCCGAGCGUGGGCAGCCAAAAGUACCCUUCUUAUAAUGUAGAUGUCAUAUACUUGUAAUUGACUAUCGGUGGGGUAGUAUGGGGUCCAACGAGACCGCUACGGCGACUACUGGUGGCCCUCGGGUAAUUGCGUAUUUGACGGUGACGGGGCGCCAUCGGGCCCAAAGUAUUUACUUUUUGUGGAUGCAGAUCGGCCCUCGGACUCGCUCCGGGAUAGGUCUGGGGUCGGGUGGUCCCCUAGACCGCAUGCGCCGAUUCUUGGGGCUCCCAGAGGCUUCCUGGAUCGAAAACUUUGGGGGAUCAUGGCGUGCGUCCCGCGCACUGCUGGACCUGUCUUUAUUUGUAUCCGCCCACUGAUCGAAGCGCCCAUGCAUGGCGCGCGAUUGCGCCGUCCCAGGACAGAUCCUAGGCGACCCCGGGGAGACCUCGGGACCACGAAUCGACAGGAUUCCAUCGACGCGCCCGCCCUGGUGGCGUCGUCAAUAUCGCGAAUUAAAAAAUUAAAUUUUUUCGCCCCCCAGGAAGAGUCCCAUUGAUGUCUAUGGACCAUUAGCGAUCCGAACGAUACUCAAAAACAGCAUGCCGCGUUUCUUGAAUCUUCAAAAACAGGUUCCGCAGUGCAUGCAAACACCGUUCACGGCCACAAAGGCCGUCCAAACUGCGGCAUUGAUCGAAUAGGGCCGCGAGGCAGCCCAACCGAUCGAACAGGGCCGCGAGGCAGCCCCAUCAGUUGCCCGGGGCCGAUGCCCAGCGCACCACAUAACAUGGGGCACCAUGACGCCUUGCCAAGCGCCAAACGGCAAGCGAUGCAUUACGCUGCUGCGGCGAUUGAUUGCUGCUCCGUACGCAAAGUGAAGCCAAGAAACGAUGCAGGACACCACCACUCUCUAAAAAAUGACGCGAGCUGACUGCGGCCAAGCGGGCUCUCGAGGGUCACACCUCGUCAGCCGUUGACCCCCGCCACUGAAAUCGCGCUCGCUGGCGAGCGAAAUCGCUCAUCCGGGUGUUGCGGUUUCAAGGGUUGGAUCCGCGCCUGGUUCAAAGAGCAGUCACCUCUAUUGCGUUUUUGAGAGAUGGAGGACGUCUCCUACUCGAUGACGGCGAGCGCUGGCGCGUUCUGUCCGCCCGAGACGCGAGCUUCCAUCACGCAGCUUCAAUCGACAAUAUAGAAACAAAUACCACCGCCGAAAGUCUUCCAACGGCUCUCGAUACAUCAUGAAAAAUAAUUCAUGCAAGACUUGAACUGGGAAGUAGUAAGCGCCAUCAGAACCACUCGAAAGAAAGUUCAGGAGCCGCCGAUCUACAUCACAAAAAACUCUUUUCUUUAUAUAAUCGCGCGGUACCGCAGUUACGGCGAGGCCUACUGGCGGGGUAGAAGGGCGCUCGAAGACGACCAAGGCCAUGCCAUCGUCGCGACGGCGCCUCACGCACCACGCCCUCCGCCUCUAUUGAUAUGCAUCUACGCGACGAGGCCGCCGAACGCGAUGAGCACACCAAAUGUUCGCGAAGCCGCUCUGGCAAAUGAUCACCGGCAGGCCGUGAACGCGAGGUGACUUAAAUAGUCGGAUCUGCGAGCCAUGCCCCGGGACGGCGGCUUUCUGCGCGAAGUCGCGGCCCGCGACAAACUUGGGUCCCAGCAAGCCGGGGACCUCUACCUACCUGUCCUGGGCGCCGGAAGACAUUUGCGCCGAUUUCGGGUACGGCACAGUCGUGAGCCAAAGUUUAGCACAGAGGGCAAGGACAACCUUUGUGAGCUAGCAGUGGGGACCGGCGUCCUCAAAUUCAAGCUUUGAACAAACCGCAGGACUCGCAUAAAAACGUUCGAGAGAGCUCACCUUGAAGACGUCGCCCGCGCGAGCGCGGAGCUGGGCGACUUGGAAAAAGUGACACGUAUUGCGCGUCGCCCCAGCCUCGCGAGGCGCGCGCUUCACGAGGUCUUCAUGACACACCUUUCCGACGCCUGACAGCGCGAGAGUCUACGAAACCGCCGUGAGAGCGAGCUCGGCCGGUCGCCGGCGCCGCGCGACGCUGUAGCGGCCGAGCCGCGCCCGUGCGCCCGUGGCCGUCGACGCGAGAGCUGAAACGGUCGCGCGUCGAACUGUCGUGAGAGCGGAGCGACCCUCGCGCCUCCUUCGCCGCAUCGGCGCGACGGUUUCGCGCACAGGUACAGAAGAAGCACACAAGCGACCACGAGACGGGCGGCGCUGCAGCAACUCUUGAGUCGCUGCAGCUGCUCGUCGAAGCACCGGGUACAAAAUCGACGUCGUCAAUUAUCUUUAUUGAGGAGGCCUUCGCCGCUCUGAGACGCGCACGCGCCCUCUACCUUUCCUCGAGCGGCCUUGCGAGGCGACGGCCGCGGACGUCGAGACUCUCGGUCGCCGUCGCCGCGAGAGGUCGCAUCGGUCGAACGAGAGCCUUUUUGAGGUACCCGGCCGCUCGGCGCUCGUGACCCGUUGACAGCGCCGGGCCAUCGAAAGUUGCCGUCGCGCGCAGGCACAGGAAGAAGGCACGCAUACCAAAAACAAAACAAAAAAGAAAAAAUAAUGCGUGUCGUCCUCUUCUGCCUCGUUGUCUCUGCGAACGCGCUCCCAGAAGCGCACCUCCGCGGCCGCGUCAAGGACCACCUGCGCGACCGCGACCUGAGCGUCCCCGAAGACGCCAAGAACCACUACGCGAACACCGACGCGUCCUCCGAUGAGAUCUCGGCAACGAACUUGGAGGAGGGCGGCUUCGGCCUCGGGCUGCGCCGCCUCUUCGGCCUCGCGUCCAUCAAGGGCACGCUCUCCCACGAGGGCGCGUCAAAAGACAUCAAGUCAAAGGCCGAGACGGCCUACGCUACGGGCGGCCACGCGCGGCCCGUGCUCGAGACGGAGGUCUCGCCGCGGGACCAGGACACGGUCUCGCAGCACGAAACUCAAGGCGCCGACGCCGCGCUCGCCGAGCUCGCGGACGCGCACAACAAGGGCGGAGACGCCAUCGACGCGGCGGCGCACGGGGAUGGCGACCCGGCCGCGUCCAUCAAGGGCACGCUCUCGCAUGUCGAGGACGCGCCCCAAACUAUUACGUCGGAGGCCGCGGCCUUCGACACUGAAGACAUCGAGGGCGUCGCCGGCGAGGGCGAGGCGCUCUCUGGUUCGACGGCGCGCAACGCCGCGGCCGAGAUGGUCAAGAGCAGGCUGGCGACGCAGACGACGCGGCCGGCCUACACUGCGCGACACGACGCCGGAUCUGCAUCACAACGGCGUCUUCAGACCUGCGACUCCGGCCAAGUCCCGGACUGCUCCGGCGUCUGCUGCCCAGCGAGUUGGAUCGGCGACGGUGUCUGCGAUGAUGGCAAUUCCGGUUGCGACUUCAGAUGCGAGGAUAA